AUGAGUGAUCCGGUUAACUAUAAUAACCUGAGACGUCCAAAACCAAAAUCGACCAAGGGUGAAAAAACUCAAAAAAAACAAGACCGUUCAACUGAUACUGACGAUGGAUUAUUUGAUAAAUCUAAUAAGAAAACUAAGAUCCAAAAGUUCACCAAUGAUGAUACCUAUUUGCAAACACUUAGUAAAAAUCCGAGUAGUAUCAUUAAUGUGUCAGCGUCAACAUCGACAACGGAGUCAACGUCGACAAUGGCAUCAACGUCAACAACGGUACCCAAGGAUCCCGUUGAAUCUAAUUAUACACAAGAAUUAUUAAAAUUAAUCAAAAUUGCUCAGAGCAAUUCGUCGAGAAUCAAGAAUAUUAUGGAUAAACAAGAAAAAUUUGAGGAUAAAUUUGACAAGAAAAUAAAUGAGCAGAAUACUCUAAUAUCAGACAUUUUAACGUUGCUAAAGGAUCGUGAACCCGGGAAAAUCAAAGGUCGGGAUAAACCAAAAAAAGAUAGUGACUUUUAUCAAGACGUGGUCAGAAAGCUUGCUUAUGAAAUAUUUCAUGAGCAUAAGCAAGUGACCGAAGAACAAAUGAAAACACGUAUUAAAGAAAAAUUGGACGCCGAUGAACAAUGUGUUAGUAUUCUCCAGAAAUCUGAAGUAAAGGGUUUGACAUUUGACAAGUUGUGGGAUAAAAAAAUUAAGACUGCUCAUCCAAAUACGCAAAAAGUUUAUGAGGAUCUUUACAAAUCAAGUGAUGCCGAGAAUGAAGAUGCAGAUACAUAUUUAACACUCAUUAUUAAAUCCGUUUUUACGUCCGAAAAAGAACGUACAGCUUCAAACGGAGUGUGGGUUCAAUCAGUUCUUGAAACUAUAUUUGAUAUCAAUCAUCUUUCCGCGAAAAUCGAUACAGACGUUGUGGAUACGUGGACUGGCACGGAAAUGGAUUCGAAUGGUGACAAUGCUGACGAAUCCGCAGAAUAUUCGCCGACACCACUUUACCUUUGGACGAAGACGAAUAAUCUUUAA